AUGCCUUCGGUCCCAUCAGGCUGUAGAGCCUUCGCCCUCCAUCCCCUCAUUUACAUGUUCAUUCUCAUGAUCCUCGCCCCGGUCGCAACCGCCAAUAUCUGCUCCGAGCUUGAGGCCCAAGGCUUGACCGUUGAAAAGCACUUCACUGCUAAAUACAACCGCAUUGUCAAGGACUACUGGUCAGGCAUCUGUGCUGACCUUCAUCCGUCCUGUAUUGUUACACCUGCCAAUGCUCGGGAGAUGGCCCAAGUUGUCAAGGCGCUGCAUGACGUUGACGAUCUGUUCGCCGUCAAGUCGGGCGGCCACAUGGCCAGUCCCGGAUUUGCGAGCGUCAGGGAUGGUCUACUGAUUUCCACCAAGAAACUGAACCAGGUUACUUACAAUCCAGAUGACAAGACGGCUUUCGUUGGUCCUGGACUCUCGUGGGAAGAUGCUCAACAGAAGCUUCGGGGCACGGGCAGAGCACUUGUCGGUGGGAGACUUGGGGGUGUGGGAGUCGGGGGACUCAUGCUUGGUGGCGGAAUGAGCUUCUUGAGUACCCAGUAUGGCUGGGCAGCCAACAACGUGGUCAAUUACGAAGUGGUUCUUGCCAACGGAACGAUCGUAAAUGCCAAUAAGAAGGAGAACGCCGGUCUCUUCGGUGCUCUCAAAGGCGGCGGCAACAACUUCGGCAUCGUCACUUCCUAUAGGCUUCAAACCCAGCCUCAGAAUCACAAGGUCUGGGGCGGAGAAUUCAUUUAUCCCGAUUCCAGCCAAGCUGUCCAGGUCAUGAAAGCCAUUCGCGAUUUCGCCGAGUAUUAUCCUGACGAGAAGGCGGGUAUCAUCGCUACGACCCAGUACACGCCUACUCUCCAGUCCUGGGUCAUCUUUACGUUCUACGAUGGGCCCCAGCCGCCUAAGGGUGUCUUCGACAAUUUCACCGCCCUCCAUCCCAAAGAGGUGACUAAGACGUGGGAUUCAUAUGACGAGCUGCUGAAAGCCAACGAUAUCCACAUCCUCAAGGAUCGACGAUACACCUCAUUUACCGAGACGAUGCCGGUUCCCAACGCCGCCUGUGGCCCCCAAGUCAUGAAGAAAAUCCGUGAUCACUGGUUCAACACCACCGCGACAGUUCUGGACGUGCCAGACAUGAUCGGGGCGUUGGCACUGCAGCCGCUGCCUCGCAAGAUGUCCCGAGAGGUUAAGAAUAGAGGUGGUGAUCUCUAUAACUUCUCCACCGAUCAGGACUACUUCAUCGUCAACUUCGACUUCUCGUACUUUAAUGCAAGUUUCGACGAGACGAUUGCGACCGCGAAUCAAAAGAUAUUGGAAGGACACGAGAACAUCAUCGAGGAUUUCAUCGAUGACGGUGUACUUCCGGAUGUGCACCGUCCUUUGUUCAUGAAUGAAGCCGACGGUGAGCAAGAUUACUGGGGACGGUUGGAACCUGAGACGACAGAGUGGGCCCGCGAGGUGAGAGAGAGGUAUGACCCUGAGAUGUUUUUCCAGACACGCACGAGCGGCGGGUUUAGGCUGGGAUAG